CGUAAAGCUGACAUUUCUCGACCACCGCCGUAAAUAACUUAUUGAUCUCCGCUUUGGCUCCAUACGUCACUGCGGUCGCAUCGCAGUUCCGACUCGCAAUUCUAUCCAGGCAUAAACAGUGAGUCUGGAUAGUGAUGGGGCAUGAAUGACGUGGUUUAACUCCUAAGAAGUAUUUAUACCUCACAACAACCCUUAUAAUUUUCUUCGACCCUUCAUUCGUCAACGAUAAUGUCGACCUCCGACACCAUGACGUCCCGACAUCCCCGUCGUGGGCGGGUUAUCAAUGCACUUCCACCGUCUUUACUCGCCUCUUCAGAGACGCCGUCAGCUCCUCGAUCCCGUCUUCGUAUGAAGAAGGGAGACACCUUCCACUACACUACCACUUCGCCCUCGGACGGCCUACUCCUCAAUCUCCCACUUUUGCCUCGCUCUCCGACUUCUCCCGGAGCCCUCGAAGCUAUCGCAGCCGGUCAGGAACGCAUGUCUAAGAUCUUAGGUCGUAUCGAAAACGGUUCUUUCCGUACUCGUGGCCGGUUCGAUGAGGAUGAUAAAUCUUCUGAUUCCGAGGAUAGCCUGGAGGCCCAUUUUCAGCGGUUGAAGUUGAGCAAGGAGGAUCUGGACAAACGAUUUGCGAAGAAGAACCGACGGACACAUUGCCACGCUUCCGAUAGUGGGCUCGGAACUUCGAUCAGUAGCCGUCAGUCUACGUCUUCUAAACAAGGUUGGUUGCUAUUGUCCAUGGUAUCUGGCGUUGGGACAUAUCUGACCAGUCAUAUAGAGAAAGCUGGCAAAUCGGCCUCCAAAUCCCAGGCUCUGUCUGCCGUCCUAAGCUCAAUGCAUCCUGCCGAAAAUGAGGCUACACCCAAGCAGAAGCUUAGCCCCGCGUCAUGCUUGGAAAUUGAGAAUCGCAUCUUGACACCUCUUCUGGGAAUGGAGCCAUGCAAGCCCUUCCGUCACGUCGUGGAGGGUGCUCGUCAACAGAUGGAAAGCGAUAAGUUUAGGACUCUGCGUGAUCUUGAGAAGGCGCUGCUCUACGUAGCUGCAGAUGUCGAGGCCGAACUCAGCUUCUACUAUCAAUUCUGCAACUCCACCAUCUUGUGUCUGCACGAGACCUACACCACUGUCGACCCUCGUGACUUGUGCAUGCCGACCGAUCGCCCCUACAGCAACUCUUACUUCCUCGAUCUGACCGCUCAAGUCCACCGUUUCAAGGCCAUGAGGGAUGAGGCUCGUAAGAAUAAGAAGGAGAUGCCGAGGCUUGUUGUGGAGGGUGGUAUGGCCGACACAGGGCGUCCACUUGAGCUUGUGGUCGAGAAGGAUGGCGAGAUGAUAUCACUGGAAAGUGGAAAACCCUUCGACGCGCAUGCCGUUCCUGUGGUGAAGCGAGCCCUGAGUCUGGGAGCCACUGAUGAGGGCGCCAGGCGGUCCAUGGCCCGGCGCAAGAAGAACGCCCCUCCCAUGAACAUCAACACAAAAUGCUCCCACUGCGAUAAGAUAUUUCAAAGACCCUGUGAUUUAACCAAACAUGAGAAGACUCAUUCACGACCGUUCAAAUGCCCGUUCGAAGGAUGCAAGUAUUACGAGCUUGGCUGGCCCACCGAGAAGGAAAACGAGCGCCAUAUCAAUGAUCGCCACUCGGCCACUCCUCGCAUGUAUGCCUGCACUUUCAAUGGUUGCUCGUACAAGUCCAAGCGCGAGAGUAACUGCAAGCAGCACAUGGAGAAAGCCCAUGGAUGGAACUAUGUGCGCGCGAAGAACAACGGACGCAACGCCAAGCGCCGUCCCUCACCUGUACAAGCCAGCCCUGGUCAGGAGAGUGUCGCCCAGCUGAGCCCGCAGCAACUGAGUCCCGGCCAAGCUAGCUCCGUUAAUCUGGCACCGUCUCAGAUGACCCCUCUGCAGAUGAGCCCUGACCACAUGAGCUCACUUCCAAUGAUCCCGGACCACCUGGAUUCCCUGCAAAUGACCCCGGAGCACUACAGCCCGGAGCACUACAGCCCGGAGAACUACAGCCCUGAGCACUACACUCCGGAGCAGUAUAGCCCAUCUAACCAGAUGCACUCUGUGCAAUUGAGCCCUGCUCCAAUCAGCUCCGGGCAACUUAGUCCGGCGCAAGCGAGCCACACUCAAGCUAGCACUCCCGCAUCUGGCCCAAUCCAGUCGCCGACCGGGUUUUUGAACAAUUAUGCGCAAAGCCAGAUGUUUCAGCUUCAAGACCCCUUCACUCAGUUGAAGAACGAGGACUGCCUCUUGUACAUGGACAAUGACUUUGCCAACGACUUUGCCACGUUCAACAACGGAACGUCUGGCUUCUUUGAAGAUGCUUCCUUCGGCUACACAGACCCCAUGUACCAGCCGGGACCAGUCGAUAUGAGUGCAAUUGAAGCCUUGUGCGACGAUCCUUACAUGAACAAUGUGUUCAUGGACACUUUCGGCACUGGGACUGGCACCGAUGAGAGCAUGUUCCCGACCUUCAGUCAAGGCGGCAUGCCUCAAUUUUAGAUCUCCGCCCUGGGGGUCCUGGUUUGACGUUUUAAAAAGAAUGAGUAUUUCUGUCUUCUCUCUUACCUAUCCACCUCCUUGCCUACGCAAGUGCGGGACAUUUCUAUCUAGCCUUUCUAGCCUGUUAUCUUCGUUCUUUUCUUUCCAGAGUGGUUGUAUCAUACAUCCGAGAUUUGUCACGUCUCCGUUUAUUCCUUUCUCUCAUACUAGUUACGGAAAUAGUUGAGAUUUGAAAUUGCACACUUGGAUCCAUAUCCGUUGAUGACUUGGUAUGAGCUAUGGUGAUACUCCGCAUACGCAAUAUAAGUUAACCUCUAAAGACACUGUAG